AUGUUGACUACAUGUUUCCCAGCCCGAGCACAGAUAUUAUGGGAAAAUCACAAAGAUUCAAUGACUGAUGAUAUAUUGCAUCAACAUCGUAUACGGUGCCACGAUCUAACCAUAACAUUCAGCGGCGAAAAGUACAAUGAAGCAUUGAUUGCUAUUGAGGAUCUUUGCAUUGUCAUUGCCAACUUACCACUUAGUAAUUUCGGUAUAAAUUCGCCAAAUCGAACUGCAUCUGAUUUAAUGAAUACUGAAAUGAAUCGUGAACUGCAGUACAGUACUGUAGAAAUCGCAGCGAUUGUUGCCCGCAAUGUCCCACUAAUGAAUGAGGAACAAAGAACCAUUUAUGAUCGCAUUAUGCUCGCAGUUUCAGCUGGACAAGGUGGGUUCUUCUUUUUGGAUGCACCGGGUGGAACUGGCAAAACAUUCGUUAUUUCUCUAAUUCUUGCUGAAAUACGAUCAAAUAAUGGCAUCGCAUUGGCCGUUGCAUCAUCGGGCAUUGCAGCAACUUUAUUGGAUAGAGGUAGAACAGCUCAUUCAGUAUUUAAGCUGCCACUCAAUAUUCAGAAUAACCCUGACGCAGUAUGCAACAUUAAGAAACAAUCGUCCAUGGCCACUGUGCUGAAACGGUGUAAAAUUAUUACUUGGGAUGAAUGUACUAUGGCACACAAACAUUCACUUGAGGCGUUAAACAGGACAUUGAAAGAUAUUAAAAUCAGUGACAAACUCUUUGGCGGAACUCUGUUGGUCCUUUCGGGUGAUUUCAGACAAACACUUCCAGUCAUUCCACGUUCAACAUACGCUGAUGAGAUCAACGCUUGCUUAAAAUCAUCUCCAUUGUGGCGUAAUGUUGAAAAAUUACAGCUAAAAAUUAAUAUGUGCGUCCAAAUGCUUCAAGAUCCAUCCGCUGAAACAUUUUCAAAACAACUUUUAGAUAUCGGUGAUGGAAAAGUUGCUAUAGAUGAAACUCGAUACGUAAAAUUACCGACUGAUUUCUGCACAAUCGCUGAUUCGCAAGAUACUCUCAUUGAACAAAUAUUUUCCGAUGUACACACACAGUACAUAAAUCAUGAGUGGCUUGCAGAAAGAGCGAUUUUAGCGGCAAACAAUGUAGACGUUGACAAUUUAAAUCUGAAGAUACAAAUGUUGUUGCCAGGGAACUUGGUAUCAUAUAAAUCUAUUGAUACAGUUUGCGACGACAGCGAAGCACUGUGUUAUGUUAUAAUCGAGUUAGUUCAUCCUUCAUGA